AUGGCACGGGCUUUUGGAGAUUUCUGCCUAAAGGACUUUGGUUUAAUCUCUGUCCCCGAUAUUUCUUAUCGUCGCCUCACUGAGAAGGAUGAAUUUGUAGUAUUGGCUACUGAUGGGAUAUGGGAUGUCCUCUCAAAUGAAGAAGUGGUAAAAAUAGUAGCAUUAGCUCCACGAGCCUCUGCUGCUCGAGCCCUGGUAGAGUCAGCAACUCGAGCUUGGAGGUCAAAAUACCCGUAUGUCAAGGUUGAUGAUUGUGCUGUGGUUUGCCUCUUCCUCACCGCCAGUACAUCUGACAUUAGUUCCGAUUUCUCACCAACCGGAGAGGAAAUGAGCUCUGGAAAUUCUUCCCAAUAUCAGGAUGGGAGUUAG